AUGUCAGGUGAGGUGAACAGCACCUUAAUGAUCAUAGCAGCUGGAGAAUUCUUGAUGGGAAUCUUAGGGAACGCAUUUAUUGGACUGGUAAACUGCUUGGACUGGAUCAAGAAAAGGAAGAUGGCCUCCAUUGAUUUAAUUCUCACAUGUCUGGCUAUUUCCAGAAUCUGGCUACUCUGCAUAAUAAUGUUAGACUAUUUUAUGUUGGUGCAGUAUCCAAAUGGCUAUACUGCCGGCACACAAAUGAAAGUCUUUGACUUCUUCUGGACACUCACCAACCAUCUCAGUGUGUGGUUUGCCACCUGCCUCUGUCUCUUCUAUUUCCUCAAGAUAGCUAAUUUCAGGCAUCCCCUUUUCCUCUGGAUGAAGUGGAGAAUUGAUCGGGUGAUUCUUAAGAUCCUGCUGGGGUGCGUGGUCCUCUCUGUGUUGAUCAGCCUUGUUGUCACUGAGAAUUUGAACGAUGAUUUCAGAUACUGUGUCAAGGUAAAGAAGAAAAGAAAUGGAACAUUGAAGUGUAGAGUAAAUAUAGCUCAAUACGAGUCCACCAAGAUGAUUCUCAACCUUUUAACUGUAUUUCCCUUCUCUGUGUCACUGGUCUCCUUUUGCUUCUUGAUCCUCUCCCUGUGGAAGCACAACAGGAAGAUGCAGCUCAGUGGCAGCAGACACAGAGACCCAAGCAGAGAUGCCCACUUGGGAGCCAUGAAGACUGUCAUCACCUUCCUCUGUCUUUUCAUUGUCUAUUGUUUGGCUUUUCUCAUAGCCACGUCCAACUACUUUAUAUCAGAGACUGAACUAGCUGUGUUGGUUGGGGACUUGAUAGCUCUAAUUUAUCCUUCAGCCCAUUCAUUUAUUCUAAUCCUAGGAAACAAUAAGUUGAGAGAAGCAUCUGUAAGGGUGCUAUGGAAGACAAAGACUAUCCUAACCAGAGGUUUCUAA